GUUUUGAAAGGUUGACAAAAAAAAUUCAGCUUGCUUGCAAUCAUUGGACAGGACUGUAUGACCGUCCCUUCGCAACCGAUGCGCCAGAGGAGCGUGUGGCGUUUUUGGGCUCUGUUAAAGGCAAAAAAAAUGCCGAUACAAUCAAAGGGUAUUUACCUUGUUCUCUAAUUUUCAUCUGGUUUUACUUAUAUCACGUUCGUCUUCAUGGGAACUUUUUGCAAGAGCUAUGAACCACCCAGCUUCGAAUAUUUCACAGAAAUUUAAGUUCAUACAGGGAGUGGCAGAUGAUGAUGAUGAUGAUGAUAAGCUGGCUGAUCUCGACAGUGUGAAGUCUGUUCUUCCUCACCGUGUCACGCUGUUUACCUUAUCCUGGCCAUACCAUUCUUGAAAAUACAGCAGGUAACAGACCGGAACUGCACUACGCAUAUAAUGGACUAUUUUUGACAGGUCCCCUGUGAGACAACAUCUGUUGGUCCGUCUUGUCCUUUUUGUUGCAUCAAUCAGUGUGACUAUCCAGAAUGCGCUGCUUCUUACCGAAGAAAAUAUGGAUUUUUAUUUUCUUAUCUGUCCUGUUACUGUUUUCCCUCAUCCACUACUGGCCCCCAGAGGGAAACAGUACUGUUGAUGUGGGACCGAGUCAGAGCCAAAAGGCAUUUAAUGUUCUAAAGGAGAGACUACAAGAUGUGACGCGUAGUUAUGAAAAUAUACCAUAUGUACCGAAGGAAAAAGUGGCAGGGCGACUGGCAGUGAAUGGGUGUGUGUGUGAGGCAGAUAAGAAGCCGGCUAUCGACCUACCCUUUGCCCAGGUCCUUUUUCCCCGUGUCUGGGCCCAGGAUGAUUUUCACACAGCUUUCCAGAGGGCUGAGCUGGCCAAGGUGAAGAAUCGCCGAAAGCAGGAGUUUAACAGCUUACUGCAGAGGUAUCGGACGCCUGCGGAUGUCCUUGUCAUUGCCGAGGCCAACAGUCCCUUGGAGUACCCAACCCAGGGAGUGGAGGUUCGCCCUCUCAAGACUGUCCUUAUCCCUGGGCUGGGUCUCAAAGAAAAGCCAAGACCGCUUUACACAGUGAAUCUGACUGCUACCCUCGGGACGUUUGAUGUGUCGGCCACCGUGGAUGGGGUCUCAGUAGGAGGAGAGGGAGAGAUGCAUUUGUACCUGUCUAGUGGUGUCCUGUCCGCUCUGAACAGACAGCUGCAGUUUGUCACUUACACCAACACCCUGUUCCACCCCAGGACGGCGGACACAGUGCAGUUUGAGACUGAUGGGCACCAGGCAGUUUUCACCAUCAAGGUUGGACAUGCUGUUACUCCCAAGCUCUAUUACUCCGGAGUCACUGAAGAAUACAACAUAACUGCACUUGUCACCAUAGCUACCAAGACAUUUCUGCGUUAUGACAAACUACAAGAUCUGAUUGACAGCAUACGGGUGUUCUACCCCACGGUCACCAUAGUGAUUGCUGAUGACAACGAGCACCCCGAGCCAGUGAAGGGACCACAUAUUGAGCACUACAUCAUGCCGUUUGCGAAGGGCUGGUUUGCAGGGAGAAAUCUGGCGGUGUCCCAGGUCUCCACCAAGUAUGUGCUAUGGGUGGAUGAUGACUUCAUCUUCACUUCCAACACCAGGCUAGAGAAGAUGGUGGAUGUCCUGGAGAAGACCACCCUGGACCUGGUUGGCGGGGCUGUGAGAGAGGCCACGGGAUACACGGCCAGCUAUCGCCACACCCUGUCAGUGGAGGACGGAGGCGAGGAGGGGGACUGUCUGCACAUCAGACAGGGAUUCCAUCACGCCGUCCAGGGAUUCCCCAACUGUGUCGUGGCCGACGCCGUCAUCAACUUCUUCAUGGGGAGGACGGACAGGAUGCAGCAGGUGGGAUUCGACCCUCGUCUGUCCCGGGCAGCUCAUCUAGAGUUCUUUAUUGACGGGCUCGGAUCCCUCCACAUUGGUUCCUGUGAUGACGUCAUCGUAAACCACGCGUCCAAGAUCAAGUUGCCAUGGGGCAAGUCGGAAAAGGAGAAGGCCUACCAAAACUUCCGAUACUACUCGCCGGGCUCUGGCCAAAUCAGAAAUAGCCUUUUUUUCUUCAAGAACCGAUUACAGUGCUUGUCAAGUAACUAAUUCAGGCUCUGCAUAACUGUCGCUUGAGUGUUUCUCCAGUAUUAUCCAUAAAAGAACACAGUUGUACAUCCAACAGGGUGAACUUAAAUCCAUAAUUUUUCAAUGUUUAAAUGAUAUCAUGACUUUAUCAUGAUACUAGUAACUUAUAUAAAAUCACCAAAAUCAAUUAUUUUGGUGUUUGUAUUGUGGUGACCUUGCUCCGAGCGAAGCCCUGCGUCUAAAAAUCGAACAACCAAACAGGGAAGCCCGUCAGACAGUGUGAGGCUCGGCUCAGAUUUUGUGUUCUAUUGCUGCACUGCUCAAAGGAAAAUGUACGUCCUGUUGUAACAUUUAAAAAUAGGUUUGUGUUGAAAGCAACGUUGCACAACAGGUUUUGGUCAGUUUCACCCAUCCGCCCAAGCUCUGUCUGAUUGGGUGGGGUGCGUCAGUGAACUGCGAUCUGCAGGUCUCGCCACAGUUGUUCACAGUUGUUGAGGUUUGGGUUUUGGCUGGGUCACUCAAGGACAACAGGCAUUAAUGAAGCUAAUCCAGCAUUAUCUUGUUGGUGGGCUUCGUGUCCCAGUAGUGCAGAGUUUUCCUUGGUUGCACUGGGAGAUAAGCGAUACCUGACCUAGCAUUCACCAAGAAGGCCCGAUAGUAAAGAAAAAAAGGUUCUAAACUAUAACAUUAAUUGGAUCGUCUUCACUCAGUUUUGAUCUGAUUGUGUUGUAGAGGCAGGAAGUGCAGAUCUGUUCUGUAACCGCCUACGCAGUAUUUGUUGUGCUUGCACAAUCCUCCCCCUCCACCAAAUCAAAGUUCAACUGAAUCUGGCACACUACUGAGUCUGGUGUUGUGCUCCUCUUCUGUAUAGGGAGGAAAAGGCCACCGACUGAGACUGACUUUGCAUUAUGAUGUUCUAGGUGUACAAGGAUAUACUGUUCGCACUCCCUUUGAACAUAAUCUUGAUCUAUGAUUUGCAUUUACUUGCUCCUCAAUUUUCUAUACAAGGAACUAUGUAAAUUAUUUCAUACAAAUUUGUCUGGUUAGCAAUAGGAAUAUAGACUUUAGAAUUAGUUAUGAAUUCAGUAACUUGUACUUUUUUUCUAAAUUUUAUGUGUCAAAUGCUAUUUGUCCACAAGAUGGAACCAGAGACUUGAAAAUUAUAACAUUUUGGGAUACUAUUUUGUCCUCACUGUCAAGUUAAUGUUUCAACAUUUCAAAGAUUUCAAUCUGCAUACACUUUUGAUCUUUAUAGUUGAAUCAGAUCAUAUUUUUCUGUUUCCAUUUUAUAGUCGCACACUGUAUUUCUGCGUUCUUGAAUAGUAUCAACCGUCAGUGCUUUGCUGUUAUUCACUGUUUAUAAAUAACCAAAACUAUCACUUUGGCGUUGUUAGAUCUAUUUUAUUUAAAGCCGUUAGGUUAAUAGUUGCUCAUGUAGAUUGGGUUGUAUAGGUGAAAGAAUGAAUCGUGGCUCGAGGCUCCUUCAGUAUUCAGCAGUCAUGGUGCAUGUCUCCAGAUAUUACAGUCACAGCUCUCGCCAGUGUUAGCUACUCUGUCUCUGCUGAUUCCCACCAUCUAGCUGUUGACCUGGGGGUAGCUGCUGUUAUAAAGCAAUGUCCCAAGAUGGUCUGUCGGGCACGUUACCUGUCUCCAUGGAAAUGGAGGAACAGAUAUAUAGGUACGCCUAAACAAAGAAUACCAAGCUCCUAGGAAUAGUGACAGUCAUAACAUGCAUACAUAUUGAACUAACAUCCCUGGUCUCUCCACAGGUGCAUCUCAAAAACAAAUGAUAUUGUGGAAAAGUUCAUUUCCUCCCGUAAUUCAAAUAAAAAGGUGACACCUUCAUAUAUUCUAUAUUCAUUACACAUAAAGUGAAACAUUUCAAGCAUUUUUUGUUUGUCUUGAUGAUAAUCUUGAUGACAGAAAUCCAGUGUCUCAAAAUAUUAGAAUAAAAAAGGUUUAAUACAGAAACGUAGACCAGAGAAGAGCUCUAAUCAGCAAUAAUCAGUAAUACCACGGGCAGCAAACCAGUUACCAGUUCUUUUUUUCCUUCGACCAGGUAAGACACUUCUGACCAUGUCUCUGGUUCAGGAGUGGCUUGACACUAGGAAUGUGACACUUUGUAGCCCAUUUCCUAGACACAUCUGUGCGUGGUGGCACUUGAUGCACUGACUCACUUGUGAAGCUCCCCCAAGUUCUUGAAUCGACUUUGCUUGACAAUCCUCUCAAGGCUGCGGUCACCCCUGUUGCUUGUGCUCCUUUUGCUACCACACUUUUCCCUUCCAGUCAACUUUCUACGAAUAUGCUUUGAUACAGCACUCUGCGAACAGCCAGCCCUCUCAGCAAUGAUCUUCUGUGGGUUACCCUCCUCAUGGAGGGUACAACUGUCUUCUGGACAACUGUCAAGUCAGCAGUCUUCCCCAUGAUUGUGGUUGUGUUUACUAAACCAGACUGAUAGACUGAAGGCUCUGGGAGUUAAUUAGAUUAGAGCUCUUCUCAGGUCGAUAUUUCUGUAUUGUACAUUUUUAUUCUAAUAUUUUGAAAUACUGGAUUAUUGAU